GAAUAGAGUAUAGAUGAUAGAAUUGCUGGUGGUAAUGUGCGUCACUAUAUCCAAAGCCUGCUAGCUUAACCAAUACAUGGCUGUAUGAACUGAACAAGCAGCAGCUGAUAGUUAAUACCGUCCUUAAUACCGUUGCCAUAGAAAUCGAAUAUUCUGAAAAUGAGUGCGACUGACAAUAGUGUCGAUUAUCAAAGUGUUAAUACACGCUCUAUGAGCAGUAACGGUGAAACUGACGGGGCCAAGACCAUGGACUUAUCAACUGCAAUAGAGGAAACACAGAUUGCUGUUAAUUUAUUUCUGAAUAAUCAUUUUGGUGAUGCCAGGAAUAGGUUUGAACCAUGGGCUGAUUCCAGUUGUUACCAUGCACUCGGAUAUUGUACGAUGAUGUAUAUACAAGCUGCAAUGACCUUUGAACCAAGACACAUAGACGCAGCAGUAGAUGCAUUGAAACGAUCAGUUGAAGUUUGUAAUAAACAGAGAAAGAAACAAGCGAGAUUGAAAUGGAAUAAAGUUGAUUACAAUACAUACACUGAUGAGGAAGUACAUGCUGAGUUGUGUUACGCAGAAUGCUUGCUACAGAGAGCUUUAGUAACAUUUAUUCAAGACGAAAACCUGGUUAACUUUGUCAAAGGCGGCCUUAAAAUUAGAGCAUGCUACAACUCAUAUAAAGAGUGCAGAUUAAUGUUAGAAAAACGUACAUGGUCAGAUGAAACAUCCAGAGUACAGUUUGAAAGCGGUGUUAGGUUUGGAAUCGGUACUUUCAAUUUAAUGAUUUCACUGUUGCCAACAAGAAUUCUUAAAUUAUUAGAGUUUGUAGGUUUCUCGGGGAAUAGGGAAUUAGGUUUAUCUGAAUUAGAAAAAGGUCGUGCAUUAGAAGAGACUUUACGGAGUCCACUGUGUGCUACAGUACUUGUAGGCUACCAUUCAGUCAUCUCAUUUGCAAUAGGGAUGGGUGACGGUGAUAUACCAUAUUCUAACAAAGCAUUAAAACCAUGUCUGGAUAAGUAUCCAGGUGGUGCCAUAUUUCUCUUCUUUGCUGGAAGACUAAAAGAAAUAGAAGGUGAAACAAUAGAUGCAAUUUAUAAAUUUGAAGAAUCUAUUAACAGCCAGUCAGAAUGGAAACAGUUUCAUCACAUAUGUCACUGGGAGUUAAUGUGGUGCUAUGCAUUCCGGUUAGAUUGGUUAAUGGCUUGUAGGUAUGCUGAGAUACUUUACAAAGAAAGUAGAUGGUCACGGGCCACCUAUGCCUACCUGAAAGCCUCAUUUCUAUGCAUGAUGCCAGAUCCAACAGCUGACACCAUACUACAGUUACAACAGAUGUUUACAGAAAUACCAGAUCUCAAACAGAAGAUUGCUGGCAAAUCUAUUCCAUUUGAGAAAUGGGCUGUACAUAAAUCCAAGUUCUUCCUUGAUAAAGGCAAUAGACUGACAGUGCCAGGUUUGGAGUUGAUAUAUGUAUGGAAUGGAUUCAAUAUUGUGGGUAAAGACAAAGAAUUAAUUGGACCAAUGCUGGAACUAAUUGAAAAGACAUUGAAUACAGUAGAAAAAACUAAAGCAAUGAACUCUCACUAUGGUGAUGACUUUGCUUUAAAUAUGUUAUUGAAAGGUAUGUGUUUGAAAUUCCUGGAUAGACCUUUACAGGCUGAAGUUUCAUUUCGUGAAGUUAUAGAAUGUGAGAAACAGAUCCAGAGUGAGUUAUAUUUAGUACCCUUUGCUAUGACUGAGUUGGGAGUUAUGUUAAUGGACCAUGACAAAUUAGAUGAAGCUAAGGAGCUCUUGUUACAAGCAAAGAAUUACAAGAAGACUCGUCAGCUGCAAGCUCGUCUACAUUUCCGUAUCCAUGCUGCUAUGAACACAAUUCGAUAUAAACUGAAAAACAAAGGAGACAAGCAGGGUGCUGCUGAGCUUGAAAUAUCACUUGGUAGCGAGGACUUGUCAGAUCAAGGAUUUGCUAUUUCCGAGGAAAGUAUUCCCUCUGAUUAA